AUGUGUUACGUUAUCAUAACGCUAAGGACAGUAAUUUGGUGCUUAUUUUCUUUAUUUGACACGGUUUUGAUGAUCGUAAUCCUGAUGUCUCCUAUGUGGUUGGUGGGAAUUCAGAAUUACAACCGAUUAAUCGAACGAGUUCCCAUUUACUCAAACUAUACAUCGGCAGUAAACUACUUGGCAAUAAUAAGAAACAACGGGAGAUACAACGAAACAGGGAUAAAUAAAAAAAUAUCGAGAAAUCAUCGCAUUAAAAGGCGUUUAGCUGAUAAUAAUUGGCCAAAUAUAAAAAAUAGAUCUGCUAAAAAGUAUAGCCUAUUAUUCGAUAGGAGGCAGAAAAUAUCAUUUCCAUAUUCUAGCGGUGAUAUUGUAGAAAAUAUGGAUAAUCAUGUAUUAUACAUCGAUGCUGCCAUAUCUCAAAAAGUGAAUGUUCACGAACCAAAUAGCGCUCUAACCCAAAAUCCGUAUAAUAGAGACCAAAAUAAAUCCCGAGGAAAUAAAAAUUAUCCGCGAAUAGAUUUGUCAAGACGUAGUCGUAGUAAAAAUUGGAAUCUAGAUAAUAUGAAUGGCCAAUUACCCACUCUGUUUCAUGAGUAUCAACGCCGGGGAAAACACCUUUAUUUGCCCAGCAUAGGAAUUUAUACGAGAUGCACUAAAUUAUAUAAGGCCUGGACAGUUGAUAAUCCUAAAGUUGUUUACCGAACAUCCAAAUAUACAGGAAGCACUCAAAAGACAGAAUCAGAGAAAACAAAUAACGAGAUCACAUAUUUUUGCGGUCCUUUUGAAACUUUCCCUUCAAACAUAGCUUGGAAAAUAGUGCUGAUAUUUAUGCUAAUAGGCUGUAUACUCAUGAUAAUCACAUGUUUCGCUGCUCUGGUAUCCUUCUGUAUCAGGAGCUUGUUCAAAAAAUCUAUUUGCAUAUUGACAGGGAUAGUGCAAGCCUUUGCAGGAUUAUUUUUUACGCUGGCUCUAAUCAUAUAUCCGAUUGGAUGGAGCUCAUCUAGAGUAGAAAAAAUAUGCGGGAAUGGAUCAGAUAUUUACGCUCUUGGGCAUUGUGAACCAGGUUGGGCUUUCUACUCCGGAAUAGGUGGCACGGUUUUGUGCUUUUUAUGCAGUUUUUUGACGAUACAAGCGGAAAUUUCGACAUCGAAUGACAAAGUUCAAAGCGAGAUAUUAAAAGGACGUUCAAUUAUAUUCCUGCUAUAAAAUAACAAUUUAAA